CGUAGCCAAGAAAGUCAAGCAGCGACCCCACAACUGCUUAGUCGGGAUUUAGAAAGUGCCCAAGUGUAGGGGCUGGGUCGGAAAGUAGGAAAGUCGGGAAUACUGCGAAAGGAAAGUGCGUGGGUAAAUGGCAUUCGGGGUCAGUAAAGCGACACAAAUGGACUGUCAGUUUUUCGAGUGGAGAAGUGGAUCGUUUGGAUUAUUACGUUAAGUCACAUCGCUGGAAUACGUGGGUGUUUUUUUUGUUUUUUAACUCUUACCUGAUUUGGAUUCCACGCAAAGAAAGUGUUGUAUUAGGAGGAUUGCUGUCACAGAAAUGGGUAAUAUAGAAAGUGCGGACGGCCACACGGAGAUGAAGCAUCACGUCAUGCCGCUAAAGGUGCCCAUGCCGGAGCCUCCUGAGCUGGAGGAGAAGUUUGCCAUUGUUUUGAACUCUAUGAACCUUCCACCGGACAAAGCCCGCCUCCUCAGGCAGUACGACAACGAGAAGAAGUGGGACCUCAUUUGUGACCAGGAGAGGUUUCAAGUGAAGAAUCCACCUUACACGUACAUCCAGAAAAUACGAGGAUACUUAGACCCUGACGUCACAAGAAAGAAGUUUCGCAGGAGGGUUCAGGAGUCCACCAAAGUCUUAAGGGAACUGGAAAUAUCUCUGAGAACAAACCACAUCGGGUGGGUGAGGGAGUUCCUCAACGAUGAGAACAGAGGUCUCGACGUCCUGGUGCAGUACCUCUCCUUCGCCCAGUGUACUGUCAUGUUGGAUUUUGAGGGUCUGGAGAAUGGGGAGGAUGUCCUCUCGGAUAAGGCUAAAUCAUGGAGCAGGUCUAUAGAGGACUUGCAUCACGUGAGCACUCAGCCCUUCUGCAACUCUCUGGUGCGCUCUGCCCGCCAGUCUGUCUUCCGCUACGGCUCCGUCUCCAGCAGCAAAACCAUCAAGAACUCCCGACUCGUCAGCCAGAAGGACGACGUGCACGUGUGCGUCAUGUGUUUGAGAGCCAUUAUGAACUACCAGUACGGCUUCAACAUGGUCAUGUCUCAUGCGCACGCCGUCAAUGAAAUUGCCCUCAGCUUGAACAACAAGAGCUCACGGACAAAAGCUUUGGUCCUUGAACUGCUGGCCGCCGUCUGCCUUGUUCGAGGAGGCCACGAGAUCAUCCUAUCGGCGUUUGACAACUUCAAAGAGGUCUGCAAAGAAAAGCAUCGUUUUGAGCGUCUGAUGGAUUACUUCCGUGGUGAAGAAGGAAACAUCGACUUCAUGGUGGCUUGCAUGCAGUUCAUCAACAUUGUGGUCCACUCGGUGGAGGACAUGAACUUCCGAGUCCACCUCCAGUAUGAAUUCACCAAGCUGGGACUGGACGACUACCUGGAGAAAUAUAAACACACAGAGAGCGACAAACUGUCGGUGCAGAUCCAGGCCUACAUGGACAACGUGUUUGACGUGGGUGGUCUUCUGGAGGACGCGGAGACAAAGAAUGCAGCGCUGGAGAAGGUGGAGGAGCUGGAGGAGCACCUGUCUCAUGUGACGGAGAAGCUUCUGGAGGUUGAGAAUGAAACCAUGAUGAAGGUGGCUGACUUGGAGAAGGUUCUCCUCCAGAAGGAUAAGGAUCUCCAAGCCAUCCGGGAGACGUAUGAGUCCACCAGCACGCAGGUCAACACCCUGAGGAGGGUCAUCAAAGAGAAGGACGCCGCAUUCCAGAGGCACUUCAACAUCGAGAGGCGUCUUCUGGAGCUGGAGCAGCAAGGCACCAUUCGUCUGCACAAGAAACCCGACGGGGACAUUUCCAUCGAGGCGCUUGGCGUGGGGGCCACGGGGGGCGUGGGCGGCGCCGUAGGAAGCGGCGGUCUUGGAAUCCCGCUAGCCGAUAUCGGAGCUCUAUCUUUGGGUUCAACAGCAGCCUUAACGGAACCGGGAGGACCGGACCCCAGUUUGCCCCCAGCCAGUGAAGCUCCGCCCCCACCUCACCCGCCCCCGCCGCCUCCUCCCCCUCUGCCAUCUACCACGGGCCCCAGUCCACCAGUUCCACCCCCUGCGCCCCCGCUGGCACCACCACUGCCUGAAGCGUCUCCCUCAGUCAUCCUGAGUGUGGGUCUCUCAGCCAUUAGAAUCAAGAAGCCCAUCAAGACCAAGUUCCGCCUUCCUGUCUUUAACUGGACCGCCCUCAAGCCCAAUCAGAUCAAUGGCACCGUGUUCAACGAGAUCGAUGAUGAACGCGUUCUUGAGGUCCUGGAUCUGGAGAAAUUCGAGGAGCUGUUUAAAACCCGCGCCCAGGGUCCGGUUGUGGAUGUGUCGUGCCCAAAGAGCAAAGUGGCUCACAAGGCGGUCAACAAAGUCACGCUGCUGGACGCCAACCGCUCCAAGAACUUAGCCAUCACGCUGAGGAAGGCGAACAAAACCACGGAGGAGAUCUGCAAAGCGAUAGAGAAGUUUGAUCUGAAGGCCUUACCCGUGGACUUCGUGGAGUGCCUGAUGCGCUUCCUGCCCACGGAAGCGGAGGUGAAGGUGCUGCGCCAGUACGAACGGGAGCGCCGUCCGCUGGACCAGCUGGCGGAGGAGGACCGCUUCAUGCUCUUCUUCAGCAAAAUCGAGAGGCUGACGCAAAGGAUGAACAUCAUCACCUUUGUGGGGAACUUCGCCGACAACGUCAACAUGCUCACGCCGCAGCUCAACGCCAUCAUCGCCGCCUCGGGCUCGGUGAAGUCCUCACCCAAGUUAAAAAGAAUGCUGGAGAUCAUCUUAGCUCUGGGAAACUACAUGAACAGCAGCAAGCGAGGGUGCGUUUAUGGCUUCAAACUGCAAAGUCUCGAUUUGCUGCUGGACACCAAGUCCACAGACAGGAAGAUGACGCUGCUGCAUUACAUCGCCGUCAUCGUGAAGGAGAAAUAUCCCGAGCUGGCCACCUUCUACAAUGAACUGCACUUUGUGGAUAAAGCUGCAGCGGUGUCGCUGGAAAACGUGCUGCUGGACGUGCGAGAGUUGGGCAAAGGCAUGGAUCUGAUCCGUAGGGAGUGUAGCCUCCACGACCAUUCCGUCCUCAAAGCCUUCAUCCAGGCCAGCGACUCCCAGCUGGACAAACUGCAGAGGGAUUCCAAGACCGCAGAGGAAGCCUUCAAUAACGUGGUGAACUACUUUGGAGAGAGCGCCAAGACAACUCCACCCUCCGUGUUCUUCCCCGUGUUUGUACGCUUCAUCAAGGCCUACAAGGAUGCGGUGGAGGAAAACGAACAAAGGAAAAAGCAGGAGGAAGCAAUGAGAGAAAAGUUACUGGCCCAAGAGGCCAAGCAGCACGACCCUAAGGUUCAAGCCCAGAAGAAGAGGCACCAACAGCAGGAGCUGAUUGCGGAGCUGCGCAGGCGGCAGGCCAAGGACCAUCGGCCCGUGUACGAGGGCAAGGAUGGCGCCAUAGAGGACAUCAUCACAGUACUGAAGAGCGUGCCCUUCACAGCCCGCACGGCUAAACGCGGCUCACGGUUCUUCUGUGAAGCCAACCUCUGUGACGACGCCAACUGCUAGCCCCUCCCUCUCUUAACGCCAAGAUCUGAGAAACCAGCCUUACCUGAGAGCUGAUGCCUUGAUCCGGAACGGUUGGAAGAGACCCUAAACCACUUAUCCGUGCCUUAUCCCCCCCCCCCCGCACCCCAACCCCCCAAAAGCUAUAACACUCCUGCCCGUGUUGCCCUGUCUCGGCCCUGAAGCUGCACAUCCCAGUGGGAAAACGGGACAGAGGCCGCGUUUUGGGACGGCUAAUUUAUUUAUUUAUGGAAGCAGUAAGGAUCGUCCGCAGAGGUGAGCUAGCGUCUUCCCGACUGCACAGAGACUCGGACUCCGGAAGCAGAGGAACGUUCCUUGAAGGUAUGCCGGUUGUAUCCGGGACAAAAAAAAAAAAAUUCCAAAUGUCUCAUAUAUUGCUUCAUAUGUGCCUUUGGUGUAAACAGUGUUAUGUCAUAAUAUUUCUAUUGUAUUUUACACUUUUAAGAAUGUAUUUUUAUUGUAGUAUAAUAUUAGUCUUAUUCAAAUGUUUAGUUUUUUAACGAUCAAUCAUUGAGUCGUCUGAGCUCGACAAACAUAUGAAAAUUGCCGAAGGAUGAAGGAUAUUUCGGAUGUGACGCUACUUCCUGUGACUGACUAAUCUACGCUUGCAUCCGUUGUUUUCUGUAAAUAUUAAGCAUUUUCUCCACGUUCACAUUUUUUUUCCUCUGGAAAAAUGACGGACGCCAACCACUGUGCUUUUCUACUAUAAAAAUCAUUUUAAUUUCUUAUAUCAAAAAGAAACAGAAUCAUAAAAACAAUCAGAGCCACAAGUAUCCAUGUGGGUUUUCGCCAACACAUUUCUCCGACUGUUGUUCUAAUUUACAUGAUCAGAUGUUUCAAAAAAAAAAAAAAAAAAAAAAAAAACGUUAAAAGCUGAGGGGUAAAAGAUGUUUCCUCUAGAAUGACUGACAAUGUUUGUGACGUUUAUGAGCACCGUGCACAAUUAUAUGGCAGAUUAGCGUCCACGACCGUGAAGUUAAAGCUGCGCGGCGAACAGCAACCACGACAUUCUUAAGACAAAACAGAUGGUUAGCGUUAGCAGCUCAGCAAAAGGAAUUCUCAUCAGGAAGCUGAUCGGAAUGCACGUCCGUGUAAUGACGUCUUCUCCCAUGACGUACCUGUCAAUCAAUCAUCACUCUCGGGUCGGUCGGUACAGUUUCGGUCAAAAGAGAAGCGACUAAAAGCUAAAUGUAACAAUUGUAGAACUUCGCCGACAUCAUCCGCCGACGGGAAAAAAACAAGGCCACGGUGUCCAUCUUUAGACAUUUCAGACUUUGUUACAAUCAUCAUCAUCAUCAUCAUCAUCAUCCGCCACUCACGCUUAAAAACUUCUUAGAAAGUACAGACUGCUAUUUGUUACUCAUGUUCCUGGGUAUACUUUCAAGACACUUUGUUUAUAUACAUACUGUAUAUAUAUAUAUCUAUAUAUAUAUAUGUGUUGUAUCAUCUAUAUGCAAAUGAGUCUGUGCAGGAAGUAAAAGACAAUCACUUGAAUGUAGCAGGACAAUGCUAGCACAUCCUCCACGUGUUCAUGUUGUGUGCAGGAAAAACAAAUUACGCCCCCCCCCCCACACACACGCACAUGGACUGAAUUGGCAAAGUCUUCCAGGAUGAAUAUUCCUGCUUUUCUCCAUCUUACAAAUCAUAGAAAAAUGUUAAAAAAAAUGAAAUAAAAAUGAUUCCGCUGCAAUUUGUGUGUAUCGUUUACAUUUGCACAGAGGUAGAGGCUAAAUGAGCGACCAAGAGGAAGGAGAUCUGCAGGGAAUGAAAGAAUGAAAGAGUAAAUGGAUCCGUUUAUCACUCGCUCAUCUUUUUUCUUGUCCCAAAAAAAAAAAAAAAAAAAAAAACAA